AUGUCCACUGCCAUUAUGAGCGAUGCGAUGGUGAUGCCUGCGAUGCAAUCGCAGCUGGUGGGAAUACAUUUAGUAUCUCCGAAAGAAGUGGAGUUCGUGGAAUGUGAUUGUUGCGGAUUGAUAGAAGAGUGUACGAUGCAACACAUACAGAGGACUCAUGAAAGGUAUCAACGAAAUAGGAUAUGCGGAUUAUGUGGAGACGCGAAUUCUGAGAUCCUAAGGAACAAAAGGUUUUAUGAGAUCGUGAGGAACAACAGGUUGAUUAGUACUGAAGAGGCUAUAGCAUGCCACAUGAACUUAAGUAUUGAAGUGGCAAAGAGAUAG